AUGUGCCCACGAUGAACAGCGAACCAGCAACCACUUCUAAGAAGAGCACUGCAGCUUCUGCUAGUAAUGCCAUUCAUUCCAAUCAAGAUUUUGGUAGUAUCAAGCAUAUUCAGUUACCUAAUAUACCACAAAUCACAGCCGUGGCUCCCUCUGCCCAUCCCGUCGUUACUGACGAACGGCUAAAUGCCAACAGUGCUAAACGUGUCAUACGUAAAGUUAUGGUAAUUGAUCCAAAAAAGUUACAGCAGGCUGGUUUAGAUCGAAAGUUAGCAGAAGCCAUCGGUAGGCAAAAGCUUAAGGCGUUGGCUCAGGAAAAGAAGAAUAGUGAACAAAAUGCUGAACCAAUAAAAUUGUUAACACAUAAACCUCAAGAAGAUACAAAAUCACUCCUUGUGCGACCUUCAGCAGCAGCAACAGUAAAAACAUAUACAAAAUCAAUUAAUUCUACGUUCUUAACAACGCCUGCAACGCAUACAGUACCAGCCACAAUAGAACCCCUUCCCACAAUCAAGAAAUCAAAAUCAGUUAAAAAUGAAUCGCUAAAAUCACCAGCAACUGAAAUAACAACUACAAUGACCAAUGCAACCUUUAGCAGUACCGCUCAAAAUCAAGUUGUUACCAAAUCGCCUGCAGCCGAAAGAAAAGAUUUUGUUACACCAAAAAUAACUAUAACUCGCCCUGGCGAAGAAAUAACGCCACUUCGGAUAGUUCCCGAACAUCGUUUAGAGAAUGUGAAAUAUAUACUGCAGUGUAGGAUUUUGAAAAAACAGCAGUUGGCAGCGCAAGCGACCCAAGCUGUUCAACAAACAAUCGCAACGACACCCUCAACGGAUUGCUUGUCAAACAAUCAAUUGCCGCUGUUGGAACCAAAAGUCGAAAUCGAUGAAUUUCCAAGCACUUCCACAGCAGUCCUACUUAAAAAACCUUCUCCCGCCAAAACUCCACAGGACAUUGCACGUGUACUUGACUUUAGUUCUGAGGCGACUACGGUCAGCUCGGCGUCUGUUACAGCCACGGCUGCAAUUGAAAAUAAAGUCGAGAAAACAGAGACCACAAGCCCAUUACAUAUAAAGAACUAUGGCGUCUAUGUACCCAAAGCAUCACCAAUAAAGGCGGAAUCAGAGGGUAGGCGUGCUGUUGACAUCGCGCGUUUGGUUGCUCGCAACAGUACCGCAACAAUGCGAAACGAUCUGGAACAGCCAGUUUAUGAAGCUGUGAAGUCUAUUGAUAUACCAAAAGCCAGUAUAAGAUGUAAAAAUUUAUUAAUCGAACCAAAAGCUACACAAGGAAGUAACGCUCAGUGCUCUAAAAAGAAUGUGAUUGACACGCAAAGGCUCCAAAAAGCAGGCCCAGCUUCUAUCUCCAAAAAUGCUGUUCCAAGAAAACUCGUUAAACUUGUCUAUACAAAUCCGCGGAAUCAGCAAACUAAUAAUCCAAACGAUGCCUGCUCCACCGUGAAUCCGAAUGCUCAGCAACAAACCUCAUUUGUACAACUGAAGGAUCUUGCGGGUUUUGCUCAUUUAAAGCAACCAUUUCCUGAAGAUUUGUCUUUACCACCUAAUACUAAAAUGAAACUCAUCUACAAAAAACAGCCGGUUGCAGAUGAACUCACUAAAAGUUUUUCCACGGAGCCAAAAGAAAACAAUAAAAAUGCCAAUGUGGAGACCAAUACUCAGCCAAACAACGAACCUUCACAAUUUAAGGACUUUCCUGCUUACUCUCCACUAAAGACACCAUUUCCAGUUGUUACACACUCGCAAGAUUUGCCAUUGCCAAAGAUCUCAACAUUCCGAACUCCUUUCCCAACAACCUUGAUCAAGGUCGGUCAAAUGGGACAGCCGCAGAGCGGAGGCAUGAUGUCACUCACGACACAACACGCCAUUAAACCUGGUGAAGAAGAUUUGCGACCCUCUCAAUCUGCAAAAAGUUUGAUUGUGCUCGAGAAUAAAGUAUUGGCGCCGGAUGAAAAGAUAGAUUUGACGGCACUAGGAUUGGAAACGCCCAAAAUGGAACCAACGUCGGGUUUACAUGCACUAGAAAAGCAAGAAAAACCAGCGCCAUCUCAUAAUGUACAAGAAAAUAUUAAAGUUAGCCAGCCGCCGAUUGCGUCAACCUCAGCGGUAUCUAUGAAAAAUCUGCCGCCGGAAGGUGCAAAACUUAAUAAUCGCAAAAUUUUGUCAAUAGAUAAACUCCAUUUUUCAGCGGAGAAGGUAGCUGAGCUAGUCAAAAUCAUAAAAGCGCAAAAUCUAAAUUCAAAAAAGGUUUUACUUGUACGAAACCUCGAAAAUAAGCCACAGACAAGUAUGAAAUCUAAAGGUUUAAGAAUAAUCAAACUCCAAACAAAUUCAGUGGCUGAAAACAUAACACAACCUGUAACAACCAUGCCGAAUGAAACACUCAGCCUGCCUUAUAGACUCACUUCUAUUCAAAGUCAAAACAUUCGAGCUGCAUCAGUAGCGAAAGCAACCACCGUACCUCUACCGAUUGAAAAUCCUGGGGCUAACACUUCUCUAACUCAAAUCGAAAAUAAUUACGUAAACAAAAUACUAACAGCCGAUUCAGUAUUACCCGUAUUAAAAUCUGAACCAUUGACAGACCCAGAAUCGCAAUCUGACUCGGAAACCCAAUUCAAAAAUCCUUUGCCUCUAGUUUCGCAGAAGUCUUACGCUACGGAUCAAUUUGGACGCAUCAAAUCCUCUGGCUCUGUGAUUGACAGUGGCGACGAAUCGGAUGCGUCCAUUUCUGCCGUGGAUUUCAUUGCUUCGCUGGCAGCUGAGCAUCCCAUUACUGAAGAUACGCAAUUGGAACUCUCACCGGAAGAGCUGAAUUUGAAUGCGUCAUUCGCAAUGAAUUUCUCACCUUUGCGUAUACCGAACAGGGAUAGAACUGUGAGCAUAAAAAGCGAAAUUAUUGAGCAAGAUGCUUAUGAGUUCAACGAGCCAAAUGCUGAUGUUUCAGCUAAGAUAUUUAACCCUGAAACGAUGCCUGAAGACGUACAGAUCGGCAAGAUUAUCACGAUCAGUGAAGAAAACAUUCUUAAAGCAGUAGCUGCUUCGCAAACUAGUGGCAACGCCGAAACGCAAGAGAUCUUCAAACUCACCAAAAGCACUGAAUACCUGGACGCGAAUAAAGAGGAAGUGAACGUAGCGGAAAACUUAGACAACUUGGAUGUCGUCCACACUGACAACUUGGCUGAAUCGAAAGUGGGACCUAUAUUAGUGAAAAAUAUAGAAAUUGGCGUCAUAAACAACUUUGAAAACCAGCAAACGAGUCCAUUGAUUGUGAAAAAUAUUGAAACAGACCGAUCAUCCUGUUCCGGCCAACUGAGUACAAAUGAAGGAAUUGUUGCUUUGGAGACAUUCAAAGUUUUGCCCGUAGUCAGUGAAGCAUCGGCUCAAAGUAUAAUCAUUGCAAACAAAAGCAACUCAACAGAUCAACAAGAGUCGACGCAAAUUAGUAACACAGAAAAUACCGCACCAAAAAUGGAUCAAGUGGAUCAUUUAAAACCUAGUGCCCCAUUCAACGCUGACGAGAAUACGGAUUCAAACGAAAAGGUGUUAGAAAUUUCUAGCGCAGCACCAAAACGUUUACCACGCUUAAAGAAGGGCAAAAUUAAUUUAGUUCAACGUAAGAAGACAGCCGCAGUAUCACAGGAAACAAAGGCGGUAUCCAAAAAGGCAUCCGAAAUUGUCGCAAAUUCCGAGGACCAAGUGGAGGUUGAACACAACAAGGACGGCCAAGUAACUGUGCUAGAAGAAGGUAAUAAAAAUAUUGAAAAUGAUUUAAAGGCCACCAAAGCCAAGCUCAAAGUUGACGAUGUGAAACGGAAAGGGUUCUCCGAGUCGUCGCCAUCAAAAGUAGAAGAAAACUCUGCUGCGCUCAUAGAACCAAUGGGAGAUAUUGAAGAUAACGAUAACAAUUUAUCUGAUUACGCAGACGAGCAGUGGACCUGCGAAGCGUCGCCACUAAACGAGUGUGUCUCACCAACUACCCAUUCGAAUGAAUGGUUACCAAAAUCAAGCAACUUGAAACAUAAAACCGCAUAUAUAUCCGAGCUUUUAAAUCCGCCUAAAAUGCCUAAACGAAGAUCUGCUGGUGCAGAUGACAAACCUGCAGCUUCGUCUAUUGUUUCGACUCCAUCAGGCAUGAAAAAUCUACUGCUGACCGCAGUUAAAGCAACUACCGAAGACAAAGAGCUCACACCGGCCAAAAAUCCUUUUAAAAAGGCAAAGGUAGAGGUUGAUAUUAGCGAGAAACCUAUGAAGGGCAUACAUAAUCUUUUGACGAAAUUCAGUAAAGAUAAGAAUGUGGUCGAGCAGCGAGAAAGCACAGAUCAGAUUAUUAGUGAAAGCAAAUCGAAGAUAAGGGAAGCAAACGUUUCAGUGAAGGCUGCAGAUGCUGGCAAAUCACCUCAAAAACAGUGGGAUGUAGUGCCUGCGGCCAAAAAUCAAUUAAAGACGGUGGUGAAAAAUAAGGAAGAGUUAAAGCAUAAUGAAAAACCAGAUUCCGGACAAGAACUACAAGAAGACGUUGUGAAAAAAUCAGGGGAAAUUGUUGAGAACAAGACUGAGGGUUUAAGCUGUUCACUGAAACAGGCGACACAAUCGGACUCAAAAGUUGUGGCAGAUUCCAAGCAGAAACGUGAAACAACAAAUCUAAAUGUCUCGUUCGACAGCGGAAAAGACGAGACAAUCAAAGUUAGUGUAGCAUCUAACGACUGUGAUAGUAGGAAUGUGAUAGCAAAUGAGCAGUUAGAGGUAAAAAUUUCUGAAGAUAAUGAGAACGGAGCUGAACAACCAAAAUCUGGUUUCCUCGGAUUUGACCAUACCUCACCAAGUACGCAUAACAUUGAAAGCAAUCUGCAACAUAUUCUCACGAUUACCAAUAGUGCUGAGCAAACGAAAACUCGCGAUGAAAAUUUCAGCACUGCAGAGCGUGAGAGUCCACACGCUAUAAAAAGCGCAAAGAAGGGUAGGUUAACUUCUGGCAAGGCGACGCCUAGCGGAACCAAGUUUAGGCAGGCCCGAAAAUCAAGAAAUCGACGCAGCGUACCGCUAAAGAAACGUUGGGGAGUUAUGAGCGAAUCCGACGAUGAUAUUGAUAUUACCGAUGAUACAACGCCGGCUGACGAUGAGGAGGAUACUGACGAGAUGACGACCCCAGCAGGUUUUCGAAGCCAAAUCAAAUCUAAAGGACCGAGAAGCUCUCAAAUUGGAAAUGGGUUGCAAAGUGAUACAGAUGAAUGUGAAAUAUACGGAUUUACGUUUUUGAAACCCAAGGGAAAACAAGUCGUCGUAAAUGAAUUAAAAGAGGAAAACGGAGGGAAAAUUGUGAAUAUCGCUGAAAGUAAAAACACCAGUGAGCAAGGAGCAGGCUUAACCACGAAUAAAAAGCGAACCAGAGUCGUUACGAUUUCCGAAAGUACUAGCUCAAGCGAUUUAGAAACACCACACAAAAGGAUACGAAUAGAUGCAGAGUCGAAUACUUCCCUACCCCUAACCCCUACAAAAGAUGCAAAGCUGGCAGAUUCGCCUAAGAAACCAGAUGCAAUCAUUUUAGAAAAAAGCGAAGCCGCUGAACCAACGAAUACAUCUUCUGAGUCCGAAACGAAUGCCAGAUCGCAUUCAUUGGAGCUCGAAGUCCCACCAACUGUUAAAACUUGCAGGCCGGGUAGUCGUACCUCGGUAGAUGACGCAGAAAAUACACAAGACCCCACUAAAAAGCCCAAAGCUAAGCGAGUACGCACACCCAAAGUUACAAUCGAGUUGAAUGAUUCAGCUGAAAUACAAUUGAAAGCAUCAGAUGCUCAUGUUGAUCAGAAUGAAAAUGAAGGUGGAAACAUCUCGGCCAUAAAUGAAACAGAAAAUGACAGUCAUCAAACAGUGAGUGCGAAAGAAAUAGGCAACGACAAUUCGAACGCGCGAGAAAAUCGUACAAAGAAGCUUGAAGCAAAGGAAACUAAAAUCGAUACUGAUCAGCCUAAAGCUGUGAAAAAACGUGGGAGAAAGCCAAAAGUAGUCAUCAUCGAUGCCCCACAAUCGGGCACCACUAGUCCGAGUAAGGAAAUUAAAUCAAAUGAAAUGAAAAAGGCUCCUGGGGGUCAUUCAAAAGGAUAUGAAUUGAGUACAUCCAUUGUGGCAGUCAAGGAGGAAUUCGUCAGUGCUGACGCUGAGCUUGUUGUGCCAUCGUUAACCGAAUUGGAAGCUUUUCAAGAAGGGCUGAGGAACAGCGAUGACUCCACGCCCAGCAAAAGCGUAAAAACCGCGUCUGAGUUCGCAACCUCAACGGCUACGGUGGUCACUGAGUCGACAGCAGACAACACUAAGCAAGCGGGGAAAAAGAGCAAGUCUCUGGGAGAAAUAGUUGUGAGUUUAGCCAAAAACCAAGCGGAGAAAGGGGACACAAAAAGGGAUGAGAGUACGCCAAUAGUGCGUAAGAAGCGCGGACGCAAACCAAAGUCACUUAAUGCCACUCUGCCCAGUACAACUGAGUCCACGGCGUGUAAUAGUAUUGCGGAGUUGAAGAAUACAAGCGUGUUAAAUGACACGCAGUCACAGUUGAGCAUAAAUUCAGCUGCAGCUGUUGAUUCGUCGGCAAAUUUGAGCCAAUCGGCUGCCGACUUCGAAACGCCUAUAAAAGUUCCGAAAAAACGGGGACGCAAACCAAAAGUCAUUACGGCCGCAGCUGAGGCGUUAACUGGCGAAGAGGCUGCAAAGCCCGUGCCUAGAAAAGCAAGGGGAGUAGUAGAUCUUGAGACGCGCGGCACCUUCAAUGAGCGACUAUUGUUGAUCACAAAUCGUGAACAACUCGAGUCAGAUGAAGUGCUCACUGCCGAGCCGGUGGCGAGUACAUCAAAAACAAAGAACAUAGCUUGUGGACUCUGUUUACAGCAAAUGGAUCGUGACGCUUGGUUGGAUCAUUUGGCGACACAUUAUGGUGUCGGUUGGAUAGUGGGCGAAACGACACCAACUAAUGUGACUAUACGCAAUGAAGUGCUAAAGGCAAUGACAGCCUUCCUGAAAACCAACGGCGGUAAAUACACACUGACUUGUCGUAUGUGCCACCGCACUUUUCGUUCGGCUUUGGGUGCCUUGCUGCACAUCGAACUAUGUGGCGCAACGGAUUCGCGUGUACCAUGCGAUUACUGUAAGCGGCAGUACUCGAAACUAAGCCUACUGGUUCAUAUGCGGGAAUGCAGAGUACGUUUUAUGAAUACAACUGAAGAAGGGGGUACAGGUGGAGCAGACGCGACGGAUGUAAAGGAAGAAGUUUUCAAUAAUUUUGGCCGGAAGAAACGCGCAUCGGUGCAAAAAGCAGAAAAAAUCUUGAAAGCCAUAGGCAUUGAUGCUCGCGGCGCUGGGAUAUCCACCGUGAAAGAUGCUAAAAACUAUAUUCAGCUUGUUCCUGCGCAGCCUGAUCAGAUUGAAAGAAAAUGGUCAAGUGACUUAGAGUCGACAGGCAAAGCCCAUUGCCCCACACCGGAUUGCACUUUCGAGACACAAGAACUAACCGCACUUCAAACGCACUACGAGUGCUGUGAACUCAAGAAGGUAUCCAAUGUGCAGGGAUUUUAUAUUUGUCGACUUUGUGCGAGUUUCACCAAAACAUACAACAGCGCUAAGGACGCCAUUAAGCAUGUUUUGCAAGAACAUAGAAAUGCAGAAGAUGCGCCAGAUUUCGAGGGAGACGUUUCGGAUUGUGGCAUUAAAACGGAUGACGAAUCGAGCGGUGCUGAUGAUGACAUAUCGUCGGGUGUCGACUCGAAUGAAGAAAGUGGGAGUGGUACUAGUAAUAUAAGUUUUAUUGAAGAUCCAAAAGCACGAAAAAAUGCGCGGAGGAGGAGAUCGCGAAAGAAGAAAUCAGCAAAUACGACAAAUACGAUCGAUAGACAAAUUACCCCACGUGAUCUUGAUUAUAGUAACACCGCAGUAAAAUUAUGGAAUGAAUUCACAACGGAACAUUAUAGCACACAACCACUGUUUAACGACUUCAAAGUCAACUAUAGCAUUUGCGCACGCGCAGAUUACGAACAAUAUUUUCCGCGUACAGAAUGUUCUAUGAAAUUUAGUCUGAAUUCAAAAUUUGAGCUCACCAAAAUCGAUGUUGAAACGCAAUUUGGCAAAGCCGAGAACGCGAAUUGGUCACAACUACAACGCUUCGAGAUGAGCUCGGCCAAGGAUGAGCACUUCAUUUUCAUUGGCGAAGCUAUCAAAAUUGUCAGCUGGGUGCCGCUGCCUGCGGACAUACACGAACAAUACCUACUUAUUAGCUCACGCCGUGAAUAUACUCGCUACAAGAAUCCAAAAAUCGGUAAUACAUUACUUUGGUUGUACAAAAUCACACCCGCUAAUGGUCUAGAGCCACUGCGUAUGCAGCUUCACUACGCUAUUAAUAUACCUGAUGGACCCGUACAUUGCACGGCAUUUUUACCCAGCGGCGGCUAUGAUGCGAGCGCAAAUCGACUAGGAUUGGUGGCUGUUGGCACGGCAGCCUCAUGUACAAUUAAAGUUUAUGCAUUGCCUUUGGAUGCGAGUGUGGAAAAACCAAUGGAGAUCGAUGUGCCAUCCCUUACGGGACAAGCUGAGCAUUUACUUCCCGAUUUGAUAAUAGUGCAAUUACAGCCAGUUUUGCAGUUGACAUUAGACGUAUCUGAAGAACCCGAAAUGAGGGCACAUCGGCUUGUGAAUACGCAAUGUACGGCGCUAUGUUGGUCGGAGUUUUCCGGGCAUAAACACAUUUUUGCAGGCUUCGCAAAUGGUUGUGCUGGCUAUUGGGAUAUCAGUACGGAUGACAAUUUGAAUCUCCUUGUUAUCAAUGGUCUGCCAAAUUACUUGCCAAUGAAUUUCUUCUAUGCGCGCGAGAAGAAUGUGCAUGCAAUGGCGUUACAUUAUGACACCUCAGGCGUGCGUCUGCUUGCGCUCACUGUUGGUAGGCGUAUUUUGUCUAUCUAUGACUUGCACCAGUUUACUCGCCCAAUUCUGAUGAAAGAAGAAGUAGCAAGAAACGAGGUGAUGGACUUGGCGUGGUCCCCACUUUGGCAAUCUUUGGCUGUUGCCGUUUCCGAUUCCUUGGGCACAAUAGGUCAGUGCACGUACGCUGUUAGUCCUACGAAUAUGAAUUUUAAAAAUGAAACAAUUGAUAGAGCGUGUGGUGCAGUUACACAGAUUCAUUACAAUCCCUGGCAGCAUAUAUACGCCUAUGCUACCGAUAAUGGCGAUCUAGCGCUGCUGAAUAUACGCGAAAUGCAUUUUAAAGAGAUUUUGCGAGAUUCACUACAAAAUACGAGAGCUGCAGCUAUAAUGGAUAUGAAAUGCUUGAAUGGGGAGGAUAUACCUAAGUUUGAUCCGAAAUCAGUGUCGGCAGAUUGGAAAUUUUUCGAAGAGGGAUGUGUAGAGAAAUAUGGGCUUGUGUUUGGGCCGAUGACGAAGAUUGAUAGAAAACACAAACCGCAAUAUGUGAGCGCGAAACGUCGACCACCGGUGAAUUUGAUACGUUGUACGCGCAUAAAUAGCAUGCGUUGCAACUUAAAUGUAGGAGGGAAGAAAUUGAUUGCGCUUGGCUAUGAGAAUGGUUUGCUGCGCAUACUCAACAUCGAUCGAAAAUCUGUUUUCGAUUAAAAUCGUUUAGGUUUUGGUACCAAGGACGUUGAAGGUGGCAGUAGAGAGUAAAAUAUGAAACGGAUAUUGGAGAUAAACAAAAUGCAGCAAUGAAAUUAAUAAAGUUGUAGUGGUAAAUAGGUUUCAUGCAUGUACAUAUAAAGAUAAUAUAUAUAAAUUUUUACAUAAUUUUAAGCUAUUUUUAGUAACUUACAGCUGAAAGGUAAUUCUUACAGAUAAUGUAGGAACGUGAAGAUUUUUGGGUAGAUAUAUUGACAUUACUAGGAUAGUAUCAUAUUCAUACGUACACACAUAUGUAUAUCUGUAUAUAUAAAAAUACAUAACCCAUAAAAAUACGAACAUGUAUGCAUAUGAAAUAUAUACAUAGUACUAAUAUGCUAUUUGAUUUAUAUUGUUGAAAGUAAGAUUUUUUUUGUACAUAAAAU